AAGCACGCAAGCCGACGCCAUCGUGAAAAAGACGGUGAUGGUAAAAUUUUUCUGCUGGAGUUUAGGAAACCGGCUGAUACCUAAUUUGAGUUUUCGGGGCAAAGAAAGUUUUCUUUGCAACGGUGAAUGGCCUCUGUUUACGUCGAUCAGUGAUGCUACUACGUUAAUAGCAUAGAAAUACAUCCAACUCACUUCUGAGGACAAGUGCUGCUACCUGUGUGUCGCAGUUUGAACCCAGACGCUCAAUAAUUUUCGUCGCUAACAGCGUUGAGCUGAGAGAUGGAGCUGCUUGAUCUCUCACUAUAGGGGCUUGUACGCAAGGAGUAAUUUCCUCCCGCUCCACCAUGGAUGGAUUGCGGCAGGUGAAGGUUGACAACUGGGCUGCGUUCUUCCUGCAGAAGCUUCAGGCACUGUAUACACGCGGUGACUUCACUGAUUUGACAUUACAAUUUCACACUAACGAAUGCAUAAAGGUUCACCGUUUGGUAUUGAACACUUGUACAGAAUAUUUUGAAACAUUAAUCAAGCAAAACAAUGUCACUGACCACAUGCGAUUACCUCCAACUUUCCAAUCAGAUGUGGUGGUUCCAAUCAUCAACUUUAUGUACUCUGGAAGACUGGAAUUCCGCCCCGAACUCCAUCAAAGACUGUAUAAUACAGCUAGAAUUCUCAACAUGAGCAUUUUAACUAAGCUGCUGGACACUCAUGGUGGACCUGUUAACAAGCCAGUAUCUCCUAAGCAAAAGCUCCUCACUCUUCCAGUUAACACUAGUUCUGGGUCAGUUCCAUGCAGUCCUGCUAUUAACUCGCGCACCAACUUCAACAAUGAAGGUUCAGACUUUGUUCCUGGAAAAAAACUGCCUAUUUGGAAGAAGAGAACAGUGCCAUCUUCGAGCUUCUCUCUGAAUGUUACACCAAGGCCUAUUGUGGAGGAGCCAGCAAAACCUACCCGCUUUGAAUGGCCAGAAGAUGGAGACUCGGAUUCUGCACCCUUACUCUACAGCUCGACUUUUGAUGAUAUUUCGUAUGAUUCAGUUCCUAUUGUCAAGUCCAUAAACUCAAUAGUUCAAUCAGCUCUCCCACCUUCCCCAUCACAACCCCUCGUGCAAUUACCACAAGAGAGAGUUAUGCCUGCUGCAACUUUUGAAUCGGUUUAUCAGUCAGCAAACCUCAAGAGAGACACAUCAUCAAGACCACAUGGAAGUCAAGUCGAUGGCUCUACCCCAAAGAAACCAAAGGUUGACAUUGAUGAUGUAAAAGACUUUGUUCAGGCCCAAGAAGUUCGGAAAUCACUAAUUACAAAUGAUAAUGAACAGGAAAAUGAAGACUUGGAUGAUUUUCUUCCUGUGGCUGACAAUGAUGCUGAAGAUUUUGAAGAUGACGCUGAAGAAGGUAUUAAUGACCGAUUGGGUGCUUUUCAAUCACAGUCUGCCUCAACAACACCAUCCAGUAAAAACAGCACUCCAAAACCUAUUCUAAAGUUGCAAGGAAAUGAAAGUCCAGAAGUUCUCAAAGAAUCAACCCCCAGCAAAAAAGUACGUUUUCAUCUAGAACCUCAAGUUCGUGCUCUUGUACCAGUAUCUGCUCUACAGGAUGCUCAAAAUUGUUUGGUUUCUGGAAACUCUGAAUCUCAAGUUGCUGGUGACAAUCUGUCAAUGGAAGCCAUUAACAAUGAGCCUGCUGUAUCAACUGGUACUGCUACUGGUGUCAGUUCUGUUGUUGCGAGCACGGCACCUGCUGGCACUGUUCCACUAAGCAAUGCUAUUCUUACCGGGUCUUCUAUUGUGAAAAAAGAUGAAGAGAUUGCUGGAAGUACAUUUGAAAUUCGAGCUCCUGUGAAAAAAACAAGUGAUGGCACGGGUACUGCACCAAAAAGUCCUACUGCUGCAAACCAUGCAAAGAUAAUAGCUGAGGUUCUUAAAAAAUACCCUGAUUUAGUCAAAAACAACAAAAAUAUCAGGCUCAAAAUUAUCCAGAAGGAUGGAUCACCUGCUGUUAGUGUGGAAAAGCCAGGAGUGCCUGGUGACAGUAAACCCAAGGUGUCCUACAUGGUUGUCAAAACUGAUCAGUCAGUUAAGAGUAGAGGCUUUGAGCAAAACAAUAAAUUAUCAGGUGUUUUCAAUCGUACUGGCCCCUGGCUGUGUUCGACAUGUGACCCUGAAAGUCCAAUUUUAUUUGAUACCUACUACAACUAUCGUAAACAUUUGAGGGAGGUUCACAAUGAGAAAGUAGAUUGCAGAAUUUGUGAACAUUGUGGCCAUCAUGCAAACAAGCGCAAUCUUCUACUUUACCAUUUGUACAAAGUACAUGGCAUCCCCCCUCCUCCUAGUUGUAAAUUUCCGAAGUGUGAUCAGUGCAACCACAUUUCUCUUAGUGAAGUGCUUCUUGCCAAGCACAAAAACACUCAUUCAAAUGUAAACAAGGAAUAUCAGUGCAGUAUGUGCCUUGCUUAUUUUAAGUCUCAUACCACUCUUCAAAACCACCUUGAAAACAGCCAACGUUGCAACCCUCGCAGAAAGACUUUCAAAUGCCCCGUAUGCUCAAAAGAUUUCCAGCUUCAGGUUGAUGUGAAGAGUCACAUUCGGACUGACCACCAGAACUUAAAACUGUUGGAAGACAUGGAGCAACCAACCAUGAAGAUGGAAGAGUCACUUGAGAUGCCUCAUGCUUUAUCUCAGGAUAUGAACCAGCAUCAAGAAUCUCUGGAGCAACAACUGCAGCAGCAGCAGCAGCAGGCAUCACUGGAACAAGCUCUGCAGCAUACUCAUGACCCUCAAGACCCGUUAAGUCAGCAGGUCCUCCAAGCACCAGCUUCAAUGGAAGUUUCCUCUGAUGUCCAUUCACAAGCUGGUCUUAAUGCACAACCACAAACAACAUAUAUUUUGCCCCCUGGAGUUACAAUACUCACUGACAAUCAAGGCACCCUGAUGCAAUCAACCGAAGCAGAAGCUCUGAGUAAUGUUGCAAGUGGUAUUGCAGCUAGUUUGGGAGUUGCUGAUUCUAUGGUUGUUGGUGAUCAAGGGCAACAUCAAACAUUUAUUGUAGUGGACAAAAAUUCCCUUAUACAAAUUCCAGGUCCACCAGGAAACCCAGGACAAGUUCAUGAAUAUAUCGUGCCGGAUAUGAUGUCCAAUGAUAUGAGUCAAAGUGUGGGAGUUUACACUCCCAGCCACUUGUCUCAACUGGUACAAUACACCACAGCAGGUGGUUUGCAGCAACCUGUAGCUGUUUCCACAUCAGAUCAAGGCUUAAUGACCAUAACAACUGUGAAUGCUAAUGGCUCUAUUGUGAACCAUACAGUUCCGCAGCAGGGAAACAACCCAAUAAUGGAAACUGCUAUGAUGCAGAUUCCCCAGGGUCAUAUUCAAGACCAUAGUGGUGGUGAAAUCACCAUGAUUUUGACUGAUCAUGCCUACAGUGAAGGGAUUGUCCGAGAAAAUGGUGGUGUUAUGCAGGCAACAUCAGUUCCUGUUUCUAUGAACAUGGUACCCACUAGUGCUGUUGUUUCUGUUGUCUCUGCUGUGCCAAACAUGGCUACUACUGUCCCAACAAGCAGCAUGAGUGAUGAUGGUAUGGUGAUAACACCAGUAGUCGGGCCAAAUAUCCAAACAACAAUGGCACCUUCUAGUAUGGCUGAUGAAAUGGUUAUAACAGCCAUAUCAGGAAUUCCGUCUCAUAAAAGUGAUGAUGGAAGCGAUGUUCCAAAUAACUCAACUGUAAGUCAAGGCCUUUUACCAGACCAGCAAGUAGCGGGCCAAACAACUCAAAAGAUGGCAGAGUUAGCGAGUGAUUGGGAUGAUGUGGAUGAGAGUGAGGACAGUGCUGCACUUUCAAGAUCUACUGAGGAUGUUUCAGAAGAUUCAGCUUUACCUAGUCGACCAUCAAUUUUAUUAAAAAACGAGUUGGAUAGUGAAGAUAUUCCCGAUAACUUGCCUUUGAAAAUCACGUAGUCUGACAUAUUUCCUAUGAACACAUGUAUUCCCUGAAGUCAUCUGGCUUCUCAAAUAUUGCUUCCAAAUGCUAGCAUUUUAGUACAUUGUGUAUAGUUUAAAGAAACAGCAUGUAUUUUUAACCCUCACUCUCACAUAUUUAUUACAUAAACUUCUUUGAACUGUUGUUGAUACUCCUGAGUAAACAGAUGUUUAUUUGUACAAAUUACUUUUGUAUGAUAUUACAUGUUCUUAUAUUUAAAAGGUAUUUUUGUUGAUAUAGCGGCUGGAGAGUUUCAAAAAUCUCCAAUUUUGUUGUCCGAAGUCUCCCUAAUUUUGUGAACUAACUGAAGUAGCAAAUUUCAUCUCAAUGGGAAGAGGCCAGAAUAUCGAGGAAUAGGCUGUGAUAACCUAGUGCAAAUGACUGUCAGGAAAGCAAAAUUUUCUAGUUCUGUUAACAAUAAUAAGUGUCAUGGAUAUUUUGUGUGCUCAAAAGGUGUAUGUCAACAUAAUUUGGGUUUUGUUACUGAUAUGUGGAGUUAUUGAAGAACUAGAGCUGUAUCUCAAUCACAGUCAUGGUUAUUAAUCAACUUUUUUUGCUACCUAACUACAUAGUACUCUGAGUAUCUUUUCAUUGCAUCAAUUUUUGUGAAGUAUUUGUACAAUUUUUUUCUAAAGAUUCUUCAGAUGUAUUGAUGUUGAGCAUUAUUGCCUGUAAUAGACUCUUCUUUCCUUCUUUCUACAGCAGCUAGAUUUUUCUAGACACAUUUUUCUGUGUGCUUCCAUAAUAAACAUUGAUGAAAUUGGUUAAAGAAGUUAUGCAUUGAAUUGUAAGCAUCAUUUUUAAGUUUGGAAAAAAGACAUGAAUUUUUUUCAGAAUUUUCCUUAUUAAUACUGUAUGCACUAAAAACGCACAUUUGUUUCAUAAAAUCGUACUGUAUGAACUAUCUUGCAACUGUGUGAGUGUGUGUGUGUCUAAAGGAUGUAGCUGCUUAUAAUGAAGGUAAUUUAGUGGUUCCUUCAAGUGGCAGUGAAGGGCUUAGUGGUCAUUCUUUUAGCUCACUUUUGCCAGCCGUGAAGGUUAAUGGCAAUACUGGGCAUCAUGUUUGUUUCAAUCAGUGUCUGUAGUGCUUCAAACAGUUGCUGUAAAGGCCUCCACAAUAAACUUGGCUGCCUACAGCAUACCUGUGCAAGCCCUUACUCUAGUCAUGAGCUUCAGUGAAACAGACAUGUCCAGGCCCAUUUAACUGUUGUGUUGCCAUAAUACUUAAGUAUGUGACCCUUAUGGGUGGUGGUUACUCUCGGACCUUCACUGCAAGUCAAAGAAUAUGAAAUCAUUUGCAUGUAUACCAGGUGCACAAUGAUGACAUGAUGUAAUGUUUAUAGUAAAUUUAUAUUUGUAUAUUAUUGUGUGUUUUUUUUCUUCUUGGAAUGAGAGGCUCAAAAGCUGUUGUUAACAGGACUUUUUUUUAUUAUUGGACAUUUUAAUUUGUUGUAUUUUGUACAUAAGUUGACUACAAUCACCUCAGUCAGUAGGCAAGUAUUUUAGAGAAAUUACCCCCUUAACUAGGACCAUUUGGGAGAAAUCUGAACUGUGUAAGUUCACCCACUUUUAUGUAGAUGUUACUCAUAUAGGGCCAUAUUUGUGUUUGUAGGACAUUCUCCUACUCAACUGUCAAGUUCCAUGUUUUGUAGGAAUUUUAGUUGGUCCUUUAAAGUUGUUAUUUAUCUUAAAUCAUGUAAGAAUACAUUCACAGAGGCAAGUUGUUUCUUUCUAGAAACCAUGGUCUCCCUCCUUCAAUUUUGUGCUUUUGCUUCUGUCUUUUGAUGCUCUCACAGAAAGGACAAAACCUGUUUUUUUCCCCUCUGGAGGUGUCAGUUUUUCAACAAAGUAUCGUGUUAGAUAUCUGUUGUGUUUUUGAACUGAAAUGGGAUCUUGUUCUAACAUCAGCUGAAUGAAUUUUAGUACCAUUUUGAUAAAAAGUGGAUGUGUGUGUAUGUGUAACCACGUGUGUCAUUAUUCAUGUGUGAGUAUAAUUCUUUUUUUUAAAUAUUUUUUUUAUUUUAAAUUAUUUGUUUGUCAGAGUUAAACAACUGAAUUUACGGUAGUCAUGUCCUGUGAAAGGUAUAAAUCUUUCAAGCAAGCCGUGGACAAUCACUUAGUUUUAUUUGUCCAAACCUGAUGGUGUUUCAGUGGAGCUUGAUUAGUUGCCUGAACAUCAAGUUUAUGUCUGGCUUAUAGGUUCCAAUUGACCUCAGCUAUUUAUUCUCAAAUCAACGGUGGAUUUGUAAAAAGAAUUAAAUUUGUAAAUGACUUAGGUGCUCCAGGCAUAUACAAAGUCCCCCUGUAAUGUAUUUCACAUUCUGACUGUACAAUUUUGUUUACUUAGCUUUCUAUUUGUUAUUUUUCAUCUGAGCCCUUGUUAGUAACAUGUAUAUAGAAGGUGGAAGAUGCAGAGAAAAAUUGUUGUGCUGAGUUGUACUUGUGCAUGCAUGAAUUUAUUCUGUCGCCAA